GGGAAGCGGUGACGCAGACGAUUUUCUUACAAAACCGGCACUACUGCUUGGACUUGGAUUACAUCUGUCAUUUUCAAGACAUGCUCUUGGUUGCUCUUCCCUAGAGCCAAUAUUUCUCCUCGUUUGUGAUUUUAUACUGGGAUUGAGUGUAUUAAACAGUUUCCAGCUUAAACCAACUCGAGGCCUAAACCGGAGGCUACAUAGAUUGAACAAAAUGAUCUUUCGGGACUGUCUUCUUAAAUUUCGCGUGGUUUAACGAACUCUACGGUACCCGUUUCGCGUCCAGUUGAGAAACUACGCUACAUCAAGAGCACUAAACAGCGUUUGUCAUCAACUCAACUUUACUGCUGCAUGUAAACGAGGCUGAUAUUGCUCUGGUCAUGAAAAUGGAUUUCAAACCAAUGAUGAGUUUCCUAUCAGUCCUUCUUAUCUGCUGGUCAAACGUAUUUACAUCAUCGGUGGUAAGCCACGAGAUGACUUGUUCAGAUGGGCUUGGAUUAAACUAUACAUUGCCUAUGUUCCCUGAGUGUAAAGAGAAACUACAUCCCAAUGGAACUAUGGUUCAGACCAUUCCAAAGCUGAUCCGUUUUCCAUCACGGUCUGAAUGUCAAAGACGAAAGGACAGACUGGGCAUCCCGCAUGGACAUAGACUUUGCAGAUUUCCUGACUGUGAGAGCAAUCCUUGUCAGAACGGCUGGUGCGAGGAGACUAUGGAAGGCUAUGAAUGUCAUUGCCCAGAUGAAUUCCAAGGAAAACACUGUGACGAACGUUCUCAAGUUUCCACGACAACUCCACCGACUUCGAAUAAAGGUAUUUUUUGUAAAUCCCAUGACUACCCCCACUUCACCACCUUUUUGAUACUUCUUACCUUUUCAUGGGAAAUAGAUCAAAAGAUGGGUCCAUAUAGAGAGCUUAUGAUUCUUGUCUUGACAGUAGUCCUUUUAUGA